AAAAGUGUCAUUGUUCUAAAGGAAAAGAGUUUUCCUUACUGCACAAUGGAUCUUGCCAUUCUUUGUCUUCUUUGCUUAGUAGCAGCUCCUGUGUAUGUCCACUCCACCAUCCUACUUGUGGAAUCUGGACCAGGAACAGUGAGCCCUGGAGGAUCCUUCAGAUUAACUUGCAAAGUGACUGGUGACUCUGUCAAGAAAGUAUACUGGGAGUGGGUCCGCCAGGCUCCAGGAAAAGGACUGGAAUGGGUGGGCCAGAUAGACUGGGCUAGCGAUAACUGGAGGAUAUACUAUGCCUCAUCCCUCCAAAGCCGAACAACCUUGUCUGCCGAUGACUCCCGCAAUGAAUAUUAUUUGACAAUGAGCUCCCUGACAGCUGCAGACUCAGCCACAUAUUACUGUGCAAGAAAUCCACAGUUUGUUUUUUUCAAGACCUGGCUGCAAUAUAACCAUGAUAGAGAAGGAUUAAGAGAUGCAGUCCUCUCAAAAAUGGAACUCUGGCUAAACCUCCUGUCCUUCUUAGUUCUCCUCAGAGGUGGCCAAUCUGAGGUCCAGUUGGUGGAAUCUGGAGGGGAUGUGAGAAGACCUGGAGAGUCCCUCCAUCUCUCCUGCCAAGCCUCUGGAUUCACCUUCAGCAGCUACUAUAUGAGCUGGGUGAGACAGGCUCCAGGGAAAGGACUGGAAUGGGUAGCAUUCAUAAACACCGGUUCCGGUACUUCCUACCCAGACAAAGUGAAGGGACGGUUCACCAUCUCCAGGGACAAUGCCAAAAGCCAGCUGUAUCUGCAGAUGAACAGCCUCAAAGCUGAAGACACAGCUGUCUAUUACUGUGCUAGAGACACAGUGAGAGGAAUUAUAUGUGAAGCCAAGCAAAAACUGCCAAUUUCACACAGCAGCUCUAUAGCACUCUCAUCAGGGAUGAACUACACAUUACAUCUGUGA